UCAUGUGCUCUGUCUCUCUGUCUCUGUCCUCACUGUCCUGACCGGUAUGGAGUGUAAGUCCCGCCGUCGAUGCACUCCGAUUGAUCAGCAUGACCGGAGUAUCGGGUCUCAUUUAACCACCUAUGGAUUCUGACUCAGUGUUAUAAUCCUCCGUCCUGUUAAAAAUCUCAAUGGCAAACGUGAAAGUCGCAAUUCGAGUGCGUCCUCUCAACUCCAGGGAAAGUGUGGAUGAAGGGAAAAUAGCUGUACAGGUGGAAGGCAAAGUGGUGAGAGUAAGAAAUGUGAAGCUGGAUGGGCGUUUGGAUGGACGACCAGAGGCUCCAGGUGACUCCAGAGAGAGGCAGUUGGAGUUUGGCUUUGAUUACUGUUACUGGUCUGUGAACCCUGACGCACCCAACUAUGCAUCACAGGAGGAUGUGUUCCAGGAUCUGGGUAUGUGUGUGUUGGCUGGAGCAACUGAAGGCUACAACGUGUGUUUGUUUGCAUAUGGACAGACAGGCUCAGGGAAGACUUACACUAUGAUGGGCAAUCCAGAUUCUAUUGGAUUGACGCCAAGGAUUUGUCAAGGAUUGUUUCGAUCUGGUAUGGACUCUCCUGAUGGACAGAACUGCAGGGUUGAAAUUAGUUUCUUAGAGAUCUACAACGAGCGAGUGCGUGAUCUGCUGAGAGGGGCGGACCAGAAAAAGCCUGCAGCCUUGCGUGUGAGGGAGCACCCGGAAAAAGGGCCGUAUGUGCAGGGGCUUACUCAGCAUGUGGUGGAGGAUUACAAGCAGGCAGCAGAUCUGCUGGAAGAAGGCAUCGCGAACCGCAUCACAGCUGCCACGCAUAUUCACGAUGCUAGCAGCCGAUCACACGCCAUUUUCAGCAUCCAGUACACACAGGCGAUACUAGAGAAUAAUCUUCCUUCUGAAAUAGUGAGCAAGAUCAACUUAGUGGACCUAGCUGGCAGUGAGAGAGCAGACCCUAAUUACUGCAAAGAUCGGAUUACUGAAGGAGCCAACAUCAACAAGUCCCUAGUUACUCUGGGAAUCGUCAUAUCUGCUCUCGCUCAAAACUCUCAGAUGUGCAGUAGCAGUCAGAGCAUUAACAGCAUGCUGAGUGAAGGGGAGGUCAGCACGGUUGGCAGUCAGUCCAGCUCCCUGUCCAGCAGCAGCCGCAGACACUGCUUCAUCCCCUACAGGGACUCUGUCCUUACCUGGCUUCUUAAAGACAGUCUGGGUGGCAACUCCAAAACUAUAAUGAUUGCAGCAAUCUCACCAUCUUGUAGCAGCUACAGUGAGACUCUCAGCACGCUCCGCUAUGCCGCUCAUGCCAAGAACAUUGUCAACAAGCCAAGAGUCAAUGAGGAUGCCAGUGUGAGGCUGAUCAGGGAGCUUCGUGAAGAGAUUGACCGACUGAAGAGCAUGCUGUUGAGCUUCUCAAUGAGAAACCCCAGCCCAUCUCUGAGUGAUGAGAGAGACAGCAGCCUUUCGGACAUCGUGCUGCAGAACGAGCUCAAGGUGGAACAGCUUACUAAAGACUGGUCAGAGAGUUGGCGGGAUAAGCGAGCUCUUCUGGAGCAGUACAGCGUGGACAUUAACCAGGACAGAGCAGGAGUUCAGAUACAAUCUCUCCAACCCCACCUUGUCUCUCUGGAACCAGACGUCCUGAGCACAGGAGUCACCAUUUAUCACCUCAGGGAAGGAAUAACCAGAAUUGGACCUCAGGAUCCAAAUAAGAAUGAAGUCCAUAUCGUCAUGCCAGAUGGUACCGUUUGUGAAAUUGAGAAUCAAAAUGGAGUUGUUAGCCUUAAACCCCUACCACACACAGCCUGCACAGUUAACGGCAGAGAGGUCACUGAACCCUGUCGACUCGCACAAGGUGCAGUGAUAAUAUUAGGAGGACAUCACAAGUUCCGGUUUAACCAUCCUGCAGAGGCGGCAGUUCUGAGGGAGAGGAGACGUAUUGUUGAAGGUGGUCCACUUCUCAGCUCAUCUAAGUGUAACAUUCUCACUCCUGACUCAAGGGCAGAAGAAGUAGGAAGUCAGGAGGACAGUGAUAGGCUAGCUCCCUGGCAGAGGUUAGAAGAGCAUCAGCGCUACGUGGAAUGUCUGCGCGAGGAGAUCCUGCUGGAACAGAAAAGAGUUGAGAAAGACUUGGAGAGAGAGCAGGCGCAUCUUCAAAAGCAGCGUUCUGAGAUCCAGCAGUGGAUCUUGCAAGAAAAGCAGCGUCUUGCUGCCAUCAGGGAGAAGGGAACACUCGACUCAGGGGUGCAGACCGAUGUCAUUUCUCUGCCUGUGCUGGCUGUAAGUAAUGAGAAUGAGAACAACGGUGAAACAGUUCGUCCAUCGCUAAUUGUGGGUGAUAGGAAACGGGUGGUACAAGAAGAGCUUCUAAAACACCAUGCACUCCGAAGACAUGAGAAUCGCAUACGCCGCAAAAGACUGCGCUACCAGAUGGAAAGGAUUGCUCGCAAGCGACACCUGUUAGAGGCAAAACAAGAGCUUCAGAGACUGGAGGCUGCCCUUUCACAAGGGGGUGAAGGAACCUUGUCCCCUGAUCUUGCGUCCCCCUCAAAGCGCAGAGGACGUCCAAUGAUUUUGCGAAGGCAUUCGUUUUCUGUUGACCUUUUGUCUCGGCUUUACCCUCAACAUACACCCAUUUUCAGCCAGUUUCUUCGGAGGAACAGAUUAUCUGAAUCAACAUCAUCACUCCCUAGGUUUACCAUUCCUAAAAGAUGGGUGUCUGAUGAAUGUCUACCAGACAAACCCAGAGGUCGCUCUAACACUAUGCCGUCAAGAUGUAGUCAUGGGACUUCAAGUAGGACAGGCUCUUCUGAGAAUAUUGCAAUGCUAAUAAAAGAAAACAUGGCAUCUAAGGAAAUGGGUAAAAGAAAAACUCUUGGAUCUCCACUUCAAUCAUCAAUCUUCAAUCAUAACAUAUCUGUAAAAACUACAGCGGAUUCAGAUAAUGGAAAUAGUAAGAAGGUUCUUCCAAUAAUAAAGCAAUCAAGCACACAAAAACUCUCGCCUAAAGGAGAAAAGAGUUCACCCCAUGAAGAGAACAAGGGCUUGGAGAAAAUCCGCAAAGCUCUUUCUCGAUCAGUUGGCUUUGGAAUAAAGAUGGCUUUGUCAAGGGUUUCCCGCAAACCUCCUUUAGGGUCACGAGGUGGCAAAAAUGCGAAGUCUGCUAGCAGAAUAAAAGCUCAAUUUGCCAUGGAAGUAAAAAAAGAGAAAAUAGUAGAAGACAAUAGGACAAAGCAGCCAAAGUCCACUAUAAAAUCAGCAGUGUCUUGUGAUGGUUUAGACCAGCUUAUCUUAUUAAAAGAAAAGAAUCAAGGACGCUGGCAUAGUGCAGAGAUCCUGACUCAAAAGACCAGAAGCUGGGUCAAGACACAGCAAGAUCUGACUAACUGGGAAGAGGAUAACGGUGAUGACGUGGCUGAUGACUCUUCAGACUGUGACAGCCUUUUCUCAGUGGACUCCCUUUCAUCCGCUUAUGCCACUGCAUUAGCGAAACAGCUUCAGCAAGAAGACUGUGAACCAAGUGAGGCAGAGAGUGAGGACAGUCAGAUGUCCAAGGACUCGCUUGUCAAGAGAAAUAGUGGGAGUAUUAUUACAAGGCCUGGACUGAAGCUCAAUGACUCUAUUGGCCAUACUUCCUAUUCACCUAAUCCACAAUCAACCACAGAUGGAGAAAAAAUAGAAAAAGACAAAGAAAUGCCUGAAGAGCUUUUUGGUGAAAAAACAAAACAAGUGAUAAAGGAAUCCUCACAGGUCUCACAGCUGACAUCUGAUUCCUGGCACUCCAGUGAUGCCAGUGUUAGAGAAACAGAGGUUUUCCUUGCGCUUACAGAUGCAUGGUCAUCCACAGAUGCAGCAGAGAGCCCUAGAAUCCUCGGGGCCUCAGAGACCAUAUCGAAACUAUGCAUACGAUCAGAGACCAGUAGUAGCCAAAGCCAGGCUAGUCUAGAUCUGUCUGGUGCAACAAUUGGAUCUGAAUGUCAAAUUUCACCCUGUUUUGAUUCUACACAAGGCAAAUAUGUGACAGUUAAAGAACAAAGUCAACUAUCAUUUGAAAGAGAGAGAGUCUUGGACAACUUUUUGAAUGAGCAUACCUCUACGUCAUGUUCUACACCCGAAUGCACGUUAUUGCAAGAAAAUAAUGGGAUGUUGGGUCAUUUUGAGUCAACAAGCAGUUCUGAAGAGUCAUCCAUCACACUGAACACACUCAGCAAUAAGACACUGUGCUUAAACAAACCACCUUCAACAGAGGCAGUGCCAUCAGAAACCGAUGAUGUCCAUACGCUCGUGGCCAGUGCACCUUCCAAAGAAAAUGCUUUUUCAGGAUGCUUUCAGGGUAAAUCCCCUGAUAAGAACUCAAUAAGCAAUUUCACAAAACAAACUGCACAUAUCUCCUCAGGUGAUGAAUGUGUUCUCAUUGAAAGCAUUGCACUACAAAGUACCUUUACAAAAUCACAACAGGAAACAAAUUCUGAAGAAACCCGCGUUGCAGAAACGCCUUUCAGAGACAGUAAUAUUUUCUUAAAAUGUGAUGAACAAACAGUUCUAGAAAUUUCAACUUCUCAUAGUACACUUCAGUCAGGAAAUACUUUAAAAAACAGUAAUAGGCAGAAUGCUAUAUGUUCCAGUGAAGAACUACAUCAAUCAGCAAUAGAUAGUUUGAAAAUAGAGAAUGAUUUUCUGUGCAAGACACAAACCCUAAUGAAGCAUCUGAUUACCCAUGUUGAAAAGGACGUGAGUGAUGGAAAGCCUCAAGUUCAGCACAUAGAAAAAUGUUCAGAACAGUAUGGUACAAUAAAUGCAAAAGAUUACCUUUUUGAAAUGAACAUCAAGUCAGAUAGUGUAAAUGAAGUCGCUGAUCAUUUAAAACAAUGUGUUCAGCUAGAGCAUGAAACCUGUAAUGUGCACUCAAGAAAGAGAAGCAAAGGCUCUCAAGAUGAUUUAGCAAGCAAUUUGCAAACCCCAAAGAGAAGCUGUGUGGAGCCCAUUGUUAAAGGUGAUUCUGCUGUAAAUAAUGCACCUUUCACGUUUAUUGACAAUUCUAAGAUUAGCAGAGACUUACCCGGCAAACUGUUACCAACAGAAAAGAUAACUGCCAAUUUGUCCAAAACAUUUCAGCAAGAUUUCAAAAAUGCAUCUACGGACAAUCAUAUCAGUACAUACCAAAAGAGCAACAGCCUUGUUGCCAACUAUACCUCUGGAGACCAACCUGUUUCUACGGUAUUGAAGGAACAGAGAAUGUCCACCAUUCUCAUGGGUAAAAGUGAAGUACAUAGUAUGCAGGAAGUAAAAUUUCCUGAUUUUAAGGUCGUAGACAAAGGAGUCUUUGAUUGCAGUCCAUUGCAAAAGAACGGCAUUACGAUUAAUGACGAGAUAUCGGAAGUGGUGAAAGAACACUUGAAUAUGUCUCUGCAAGUGCAUGGUGGUAAAGAUAUUAAUGAAGAACCAGAGACAAAUGACAACACGUCCUCAGCAACCAACAUGGAUGUUUUUAAGAACAAGAAUAAAAUUACAGCUGAGAAAUCACAAGGAGAACCUGGCAGUCCUUACACAAUUCUGUGUGUGAAUGAAUAUUCUGUAGAUAAUAGAGUGAAUGUGGACAACACAUACGACUGUGUGGGAGAUAAAUAUUUUAUAAAAGAUCCCACUAAAAAACAAGUUGUAUCAGACCACCAAGGAUUCCAUAGCAGUUGUCCAUCUUUGUUGGUGAAGAACAUCAGUGCAGAAAUCAAAAACUCAGACCAUCAUAAUUCAUAUGGAUCAGUGCCAGAAACAAACACUGUCCUAGGUGAGGUUCCAACUAAUAAUAAUCCAGAAUCGAUAAGUACCAGCCAUACAAAUAUAUUAACAAAUAAAUUAAAGAGCGAAAGUAACAAAAAUAUACAGCGGAUAUUGUCGUCCUCUUGUGAACAAAGCCCUGAAGUCAUUUUAUCUUCUGAUUACCUUACUGUGGAUGAGGAACAUGAUCAGUCCUUUCUAAUGGAAUCAGAGACUGAACCUAUCAAUAAAGCAGUUCACAAUCCAACUCCUACAGGAACAUCUGUAAGGAUGGAAGUCAAGGAAUUUUAUCCGUCAUCAUACACCCAACAGAAACCAGGCAUCUAUCCUGAAGAAAACAACACUUUAGAAGUUUCAAAAGAUGUUUGCGAUGUUUCAGUUUCCAGCAAUUCCUCUGCAUUGGUGGACGAUGUUGCCUCAGAAAUGCUUAAGGAGGCAGCGAAGUCUAUGAAAGCAGGCAAAGAAAAUAUGACUGUUAAAUUUCAGCAGGUGGCGGAGUUAAACAGUGUUGCACAUCUUUACACUGAGUCAGCAAGUCCGUUUCAAAAAAAUUCAGACAGAGCUGAAAAUGUUCAGGGCACCGCUUCUAGACCACUUGAAAAGCAAGCAUGCCAUGAAUGUGCUGAAGAAAAAUAUAGUUUUAUUGCACAAGAUAAACUUCAUCCCGAACCGAACACAAAGGCAUUAAAUGAAACCAAAGACAAAAUCGUGGACCUUGAAAACCACACUUGUUCAGGAAAACUCCAUAAAGAGACCACAGUUUCUAAAUCUUGCCAGGCAUUCUGUACUUUAGGGCUACAGAGAGACAACCAAAAACAAAUUAUCCAAGGAGUGAAAUCAUCUAUUUUGGGUGAAAAGCCCUGUUUUCAAAACGAAGACCAGACACUUCGUAAAGAGGACCAUAUGCUGAAUAAAAAGAAAGUUCAGGAACAGUGUGUGAAUGUUCAGAAAGAAAAGAAACAUCCAGACAACCUUCAAGAUGCAUCUCAAGACAUAUCCUUAAUUUCAAAGUCUGUACAAAGAACAAAGCAGACAGACAUGAGAGAGGCAAAUAAAUUGGAGCACACAUUUUCAGAAUGUAGGCCAUUAAACCCGAAAGACCCUCAUCAGGUUAAAAUAGAAUCUACUGAUAAAGCAAAUGGGGGAAAACAACAUACAGCAAUAAUUACUUCAAGACUUGUAUUUUCUAGGACUAAUGAAGAGCCACAGAGAGUAAAGCCAAAGAGAUAUAGGAAAGCUCAUUUUACAGCUCCUUUAAGUUCAUCCACAGACUCAACACCUGAUUCAUCCAUGGAUGAGAUAGCUAAGAGUCCCAGAGUAAUUGCUACUCCAGUCAUACCUGGCAUACCUGCUCCUCCAAACCCAGUGAUGGAAGAUAGACAUAGCUUUUCUGAUGAAUCAAGUACAUCUCUGUCUUUAGAAGUUAAUUUAGGAUCAAUAUCAAAACACAAUCAGUCAUAUGGGACUGGUUCUGAUAAUUUAUAUCCUUACUCCAGAGGUGUUAACACUGAUUCAUCAGAGGAAGUGAGGCAGAAAAAAUGUCAUCUUGCAGCAAAGUCAUUUCAAAUUUCUGGUCAGUCAAAGAAGGAUGAAACAAUUCAGUUAACCAUUAGCAGUUCUACUAAACACAUACCAGAUGAAAAUAACCAUGAAAGAAGAAAAUCAGUGGAGAAUAAUUCUAUCCAACAUAAAGAGCCUAUACUACAUUUUGGUUCAAGUGACAUCAACCCCUUUGUCCAUACAAAAAAAAAUGAUCUGUUACUUAAUGCUGCACACAAAAAUCAGCCAUUUGGAAGUGCACUCAAUAUUCCUAGUCAACUGUCCUCCUUUGAAUGUUCUGGCAGCGGUAUAGCAAGAUGCUGUAGUAUGGACAAUGGAUUGAAUGUCCAGAAUUCUCCUUUCAAUUCCCACUUGAGCACUUAUGCAGUCCACAAGGGGCUUUCUAGCACAUUGAGUAGUGCUGCAGAUUCCAAGGAGCAUAUUUCCACGCAAACUGAGCUAAUGGGAGCCUUUCAUUCUCCAAUUCAUUGCAAUGAGAAGAUCUCAACAGCUUUAGGCAAUGACUCUUGCAAUGAUACGUUGUAUUUAGCCAGUAGCUCGGGCCAAGUAGAUGAAAUAAUGUUGGUCUACUCGUCUGAACAUGAAAGUCAGGAACAUAAACAAGAUUCAAGAAAAUGCAACCAGGGUACCCAAACAGUCAAGUUUUAUGAAGCUUUGGAAAAAAGAAACAGACACCAGAGGAGCAGUACCCAGGUUCCUUCAUCCAAACCGACACAUGGAACUUCAACCACAUGGACAAGUUUACAGAAUAUGUCUGACCAUCUUUCCGAGUUGAUUGUCAGCACUUCUGAUCUUCUGGGAAACAUUCAGUGUAUGAGAACAGGGGAAAGUUCUAUGAAAAAUGGGCCUCCAUUAAAGACUUUCAGUAUAGUUUCAAAGGUACCCUCCAACAAGUAUUGCAAGAGUGAUGGCUCCACCCAAACUGCUAAAGAUGUCGGGAUUCAAACCGAGGACUUUGCAUUGCAAAUAAAACAGAGCGAAGUUCUCCAAAGUACCCCAUUUGUACAGAACCCUAAAGCUCAUGAGGUCAAUGUGAUAGUCAAAGUUAUUGGCUCAGAAGUCUGCAACGAACCAAGGCAAAGUGGGGUCAUCAGAUCUUUAAAAGAUCAGUAUGACAGCAGACAGAAUUUUGAAACUAUUAAAAGUAUGCCUGACUUGCGUUCUGGAGGCUCAAUUUCCUCUGAACAGUUUGGGGGAAAGUUAGACACUUUAAAAAUUCUCUCGUUAGAAACUGUUGCACCAAAUCAGCACUGUUUCAGUCCUGCCACAGUAGAGCAUAGAUCUUCAGUUUGUGCUCAGAGAAAAUCCGAUUCUCAAAUGUUAGCGAAGAACAAUCUAGCACAUCAACAAAUAAAGCCAAAGAAUCACCACGAUAAAAAAGUGUUGCUUAUAGAUCGUGCCUCUUCACCUAUUCUCACCGUGGAUGUGAAAAGUUCACAGAAAGGGAAAAUUAAAUCUGAUACAAUCCAGACACCCACUGAGACAUUCUCAAAAUCUGUCAAAUGUCCACCUGAAAACAAACCAGUGUCCACCAGUAGACCUAUAUCACAGCAUCACAAUGAUCAUUUUUACACACAUCAAGCUGAAAACAAAUCAGUAUCCUCCAUGUCUCAUGAAAGCAUAAGCAACCACUGUUGUUUAAAUGUAUCAGAUGCAUACACCACCGAAGGCUUAUCCAGCAGAUACAUACAAAACGUAAAAAAGAAACACUCUCAUGAAGUGCAGGGUCCCCUGUCUCAUAGUCACUCUUGGCAGCCUGCACCCCUGAGCCAAAACACAUCAUUACAGUCCUCAACACCCAUUAAUCAAAGCCACAGAAGCAACAUGCAGGAAUGUAAACACAGACCAUAUAAAGAUGUGAGCUGCUGGAGUGAUCUUAGCAAAGACACUCUCCAGUACCAUGAGGAAGAUAGUGUGUCUUUGGCUCCGAGUGACUGCAAUACAGACAUCCUGGUCAGCAUCAACCCACACACUGAAACCAGUCCACUCCAAGAGGACUAUUGGAUUCCUGAAAACCUGCCCAUGCACAACAAGUUCACCAACUGGUCAGGCAUCAGUCAUCAGCCACCAGCCAGGCUUAAUGAAAAACAUUUAGGUAUGGAGAAAUCCACAAAUAUGAACACAAACAGUCUCCUUGUACAAUCAGAGAGCCUUAGGUUGAGUAACAAACCCGAGCUCUUAGAAUCAUCAGAUAGACGGACCAAAGAAAUUGAGAGACUGCGGAAGGAACGGGAGCAGGUGCUUUCCUCUAUGCAAUUAGAUUUGAGUUCUCAUCCACUUAGUGUAGAGCUGACAGAGGCCAAGUUGCACUAUAGCCUGGGAAAAACAGAUACUCUGCUGAAAAUGUUGAAGUCUAGUUCCAGAACAGAAUCUACCACCUCUACCAAACAGCAGCUGUAUGACAGGCACAGGAGGAGUAUUGAUAGUCUGAGGAAGGAGAGAGAAGAUCUUCUUCAGACAUCUCGGCGAGCUCGAAGUCUGAGCCCGAGCAAGCAUCCAAACUUAUCACAUCAAACAACAGAACAGUCUCAAAGACCUUUGGAUCUACCCACCCGGCAGAGGGAAUAUCUGCAGCACCUACGCAGGGAGGUCGUGGAAAUGAGCAGGGUUCCUGAUCCACCAAAAAGAGAAGGUCAGUAUCCCACUGAUAUAGAAUUCCUUCUGCGUGAUUAUGGCCGCGCACGUGAGGAAGCAAAGACCGAGAUUGCCAAAGCACGAGUACGGCUCCGUGAGAGGACGGAGCAGGAGAAGAGGAGGUUAGAGCAACAAGCCCAUGCACAGUCUGUGAAGGAUCAUUUGAGGCUUUGCACACGCAUCAGUAAUAGCACCUUGUGCACUGGUUCCAACCUUAGUCUGUCUUCUGGACCUACUUCAGGCUACAACAGCAGUAAUACCGCUCUACUGAAAGAUGGUACCUCACCAUCUAUACAGAUCACUGGCAUCUCCGAUAAAGAGUUAAAAGUCAGGUCUAGACCCCCUUUAAAGGCUCCUCGUGCAUGGCUAUCAGUUCAGGAUAUCCGUGUAGAGAACUCCUCCUCUGGACAUGAGCUUCACUCCUCCUCCUCUCCAUCAUCUCCUCCUUGUCGACAGCGCGCCUGUUCCUUUAGCUCUCCCACAUCUAUUUCUAUUUCUUACCAGAACAUUGCAGACUGUACUCUAACAAGUGCAAUAUCAGAGGUUUACUUAGCUUCCGGAGGAGAUGUAAGGAAUCUGCUGGCAGGAAGUGCAGAAGCUGGCUGGAGAUACCAGGGCUUAGAGAACGGAGUUCAGACCUUCCAUCGGCCUUCAUCCAGACCAUCUGCUCAUGGGUUUUUGGGUGCUAUGGAACUGCAGAGACCUUUGGGUAGUGUAUGGAGUUUAAUCCGAGAUCACUCCAAGACUCAUCUCUACAACAAAUCUCUCAAGUCUGCCUGGACACGAGUGCUAGAUGACACUUCACAACUAGUUUAUCUGCUGACUGAUCCAACCAACUGUCAUAUGAAGCAGCCACGGGAUUUUUGUUGCCUGAGCACUGAGUCCAAACGGGAUGAUAUGUGGGUUUUGGCCAUGCAGUCUGUGUUUGACGAGUCUCUCCCUCGCCCAAGCGUGGACACAGUACGUGGAGAGAUGUUCCCCAGUGCAUGGAUUCUGAAGCGCACCCAGCGUCAGGGUCGGGAGAUUGUUACAGUUAUCUAUCUACUCCAGGUUGAUUUGGGAACUCCAAGUCUGCCUCAGAGAUUGUUGAAUGUAGUUGCUAAGAAGCAAGCAGCUGUAAUCGCAGACCUUGAUUCCUUUUUGUCCUUGUGACAGACCAGGUUACUAAUGAGCACUUCCUUAAGUCCUUAAAACUCUUAACAUUUGCACCUCAUCACUUUUUGCUUUCCUGUUUUGAUUUUCCACAGAACACUGAUGGUGGUUUUAUUUAUAGAAAUUAUUUCGACACUAUUCUACAUUGUGCAUACUCUUUAUGGUGCUUUUUUUUUUGACUGGACAAAGAAUUAUAGUAGUAUUUAAGUUUAUUUGCAGUCACCCUUAAGCUCUAUUUCUAAAAGUACUUGACAAUAAAUUGACUUCUACAUAUCUCUACAUAGGAUAAAUCAUAUAAAUUCAGUAUUUUUAUUUUUGUGUAGCAAAGCUUUUAGUGAAUAUCCAAAUCUAAGCUGAUAUAUUUGACACUUGAAUUAACUUGAAUUUGAAUUAACAAGACAUAUCUGUGAUUAAACAUGUUAGAAUGUAUAAUUCGCAACACACUGUUCCUGAACGGACAUGCACAAUAUAUAUUUAAGUUACUACCUAUAGGUAGAGUGCACAGUUUCUGCUCUACAGUAGACUAAAAGUCAUGUGGGGCUGAGAAGAAGCUACAAAAGAGUCAUGUUUUUGCCACUUUUACUGACUAUUGCCACUCGGUGGCAUUUACAGUAUUUUUACUUUUUUGAUAUGCAGUGUAUAGCAAAUACAAUUGUUUAAUACAUUUGUAAUACAUUUAAGUGCUAUAGAGAUAGCGUUAAUAUAAUAAAUUCUUUAUUCAGAAGUGCCUUCUAAUAGGACUGUUUGUGAAUUGAGCCAUGGCUACUACAGUGCUAUGGCUUUGUGAAGAGUCACUGCAUUUAAAAUCAUCCUUUAGGAUGGAGAUAAUCAAAUCAAUAUAUUUAUUUAUUUUUAUAAUAUUUGCAUAAAAAUUGUAUAACUAUAUCUCACCAGUCUGUAUUGCAUGGACAUACUGCAUAUUUAUUUCACUUAUGCAUCUGUGUAUAAUUGGAUGUGCUGCAUAAAAUUCACACACUCUCACACCUGUCCUUGUUGAAUCAUUAAAACCUAAAGGACAUGAAACAACCAUUGAGUGGUAAUGACAUUUAGAGAUUGUGGCUAUAAGAGUAACACUGAGAGGAAUGACUCCUUUAAAGCCAAAGUCAAAUUGUUUAUAGACCAUGUAAUUAGACCAGGACUUUGUAAGUCACUGUAAAAAGGCCAUUUAUAUAAGGGUUAUUUUAAAAGCCCCAAGUGAAGGACCUGAACUCUGCUUUCUCUGUAUACAUUUUUUUCACUUUCAGACUUAUAAAUGAAGUUCCUUUAUCUUCUUUAACAUUUUAUUGUACAUACAUUGUAAUCACUGCUAUUUUAAUAUAAAACAUUGUAUAAUUUUUUUUUACUUUUAUUUUUGUUGCCUACUUGUUCUUUUUUAUAACUGCAUAUUUAUGUUUUUAUACUUUUUUUUAUAUAAAAGAGUAA